AUGAGUUCUGAUUGCACUCCAUGGCUCCCAGCAAGGCAUCUCGUCCGCCCAGGAGAUGCCCCAUCAUUGGGGUAUAAAAGUGACACAGCAGCAGACAUGAGUAGUCAGUGUCUCAAAUCCGUGAUCAGUGGUCUCAUCCCAUUCAUCCCACACAGUGUAGAGAAAAAGUCUCUCGUGCAAUCAUGAAGGCAGUGUUGAUCCUUGUGACUCUGGCACUGUCCACUCUCGACGCCGCCACCAUCUACUACACACCACCCUACUCGUACAUCCUCAGCAACCCCUAUGGCCUCACCUAUCCCUACUACACAACAAACACCGGCGUGGUACUUUCCUACGCCCCUGCUCCAGAUGGCACAAGACACCACCGUCCCGGGCAUGAGGGUCAAGAUACCGAGAGCAACCCUCGCGAACCCGAGGAUGACGACCGCCCCAAUGGACCCGAACCCACAACGCAACGCCCAUCACUACCCCUUCUCUACCAUUGGAGUCCCUAUUCAAUUCUCCCAUCGCAACUUGCCGUCCCCUCGGCAUCUCAGUACCAUUCCCAGGAUCAAAUUGGGCAAUACCACUAUGGCUAUGCGAAUCAGCACAGUGCGAAAAGUGAGUUGAAGACUUCCGAUGGAAUUACGCGGGGUGGUUAUUCAUACAUCGACAGCAAUGGAAAACUGCAAUCUGUGAAUUAUGUGUCGGAUGCUCUGGGCUUCCGGGUGGCGGCCACAAAUCUACCCAAACCCUCACCCAUUGCUGAUUCCCCGGAAAUUGCCGCCGCCCGGCGUGAGCACAUGCAAGCCCAUCAGGAGGCCAUUGAUCGCUUGGCAGCUGCCCAGAGUGCCAGCGAUGGUCAUCAUGGUGAACGUGAACAGCCACCGCAGGAGCCACAGCAGAGGAACAACGGGCACAGUGAAUAGGAACAAUGGAAUAAAUUCAAUUAUAAUCCACCACGUAGGGCUCCCCCCGCGAGAACGCCCUCGUGCACCACCAAAUAACUUAGAGCUGCGAUGAUGACGAAAGAAGGCAACAAUACGCGAAUUAAUAAUGGCAAAUCUCUCUCUGGGCCCGCGACCCUCCCCCUCCACAAGCUACUUUGCUCCAGAGAACCACGGAAAAAGUUAUUAUAUGGAAAUAAAAUAUGUAAUAAAAUCA